CUGUUUUUUCCGGAUUCGCAGGUCAGGGAGAAAAAUAAUCGUUUUUGCUCCAUUGUGGUGGAGCAGCUAACAUAUUUAGGGCGCACACAUCAGCACGCGUUCUAGUGGCCGUUAGAGUUCUAUGGAGUUCGGAACCGGCCUGGUUCACCCCCGAGCGGUGAGAUGGCAGUUUUAACCAGCAAAGCGCUUCACGAGCAACUCUCCGUCAUCAUGGGCGCGCUGACCAAAGCUGCGGUGGCGGAGAUUUGCAAGGUGGUGGACAAAGGCUACGCGGCGCUUCAGAUGGAGAUCACCCGCAGCCACAAGGAGAACGAGGACCUGAAGAAGAAGCUGCACCUCAUCGAGUCCAUCGUGGUUCGGGGGAGUAGCGCUGCGGCGCCCGUGGCUGAGGCGGAGGUGGCGUUAGCAGCGGAAGCAGCCGUUCAGCGGAAUGGACGCGGCGGGGACGUCGCUGCUGCGGGCGCAGGAGGCGGUCAACAUGCGGUGACAGUGCGGAAAGAGCUUCCAGAGGUGGUGCUGAUCAAAGACGAGGACUCAGACAAUGAAGACAACUUUUUAGAAGAACAUACACCUGUGGGCGGAGGUACAGCUGCAACAACAGAGACUGUCACAUCGACACCGACCAGCCGAAACCUGAAGAGAAACUGGCCAAGAAGUGAAGGGAAAGACAAGAGUCCAUGCUCCGAGCAGCUCACACUGAGGACAUCCCAACUGACUGAGACACUGAAGACUGUGACCGUCUACAGCGUGGGCUCUCCUCAUAGGGAACCUGGCUGCUCCAGUCAGCUCGGAAGUGAUGAGAUGGAGGCCAGCGAGUCGGUUGGUUCCUACUCCUCACAGGUGGACCCAGAUCUCCAUCUAGUCCAGGAGAGCCUGCUGGUUCCUCCCAGCGCUAACAGACAGACUUAUUUUGGUAAUAGCACUGAAUCUGAGUCUCGCUCCACGUGGAACAAACAGACAAAAAGUCAGUUGCCUUUUGCUCAGUUUCAGCAAAGUGAAAAUGUGGACAAUGAGGCUUUUGGGCUCAAGCUGGUCAGCGUGUCAGGUUCAACCUCGGCAGAGUGUCAGCUGUCUGAAAACAGCAACUCCACAUUCGAGUACGAGGACGCUGAAAUGAUGAACGUUCCUCUUUACGGGGAGCAGUCAGGCCGGUCGCAGCUCUGUGACGAGCAGCUGGGCUCUGGAGCCCGAGGGAAGCGUUUCAUAUGCUCCGUGUGCAGCAAGACGUACGCCACAUCCCAGAACCUGGAGGUGCACCUGCGCAUCCACACGGGCGAGAGGCCGUUCAGCUGCAGCCAAUGCGGCAAGAAGUUCACGCAGUCGUGUCACCUGAAGUCGCACCUGAGCGUGCAUUCUGGAGAGCGGCCGUACGCCUGCACGCUGUGCUCCAAGACCUUCAUCGUCAAGUACAGUCUCAAUUUACACAUGAAGAAAUGCCACCCCAACAUGUUCAGCAGGAUAGAAGCUUGCAGCCAGAUGGUGAAUGACGAUCACACUGCUUGUGUCAGCAGGACAGUUCAGGUCAAGUCAGUGUUGGCAUAUCCAGACUUUGAACUGCCAUUCAUACUCCACACUGAUGCCUCCCAGCAGGGCCUUGGGGUGGUGCAGCAUCAAAAGCAGGGCAGUAAAAUGAGAGUGAUUGGCGACGGCUCUGAAUUGUCGUGUUUACGCUGGGUGGGAGUUAGCGUCGGUCUGGAGCGUCUCCUGCGUUUAUUGUCCUGCACAGGUGAUUCGGAUCGUUCUGCUGCAAUAAAGAAGCACGUGGCUGAGUCCAAACAUGUCCCCCGCCUCCACCUUCCACGCGCAGCUGGCCUCCAUCAUGGAGGUGCUGGCCAACACUGCGGUGGCGGAGAUCUGCGAGCUCGUGGACAGCGGAUACUCGCUGCUACAGUUGGAGAUCUCGCGGAGCCGCAAAGACAACGAGCUGCUGAGGAGAAAGCUGCGGCUCAUGGAGCUGAAAGCCGCACGCGCGAACGCUCUGAGAAGCGCCGCGAGCGGCACCGCGCUUGUGGGCGCGAGCGGACGGGCUCGCGCCCAACGGGCUCAGCCCGGCAAGGAGGCGAGGCGCAGACCGGAGGGGGGGUUGGCGCCGCCCACAGCGUCUCUGAAGGGUCCUCCACCUGCUUCAGGACAAGAGGCCCCACAGCUGCCGGUGCGAGAAGUUGGCGUCUUCCUUUACUUCCUUGCAGUGCUUGUUUUAUCCCUCACUUUGUUUCUUCUCCCUUUCUGUGGUUCCAGUCCCCAAACCACAUCACUGCUGUGAUCAAGGUGGAGGACGAUGAUGAGGACUGGUCCCAGACUGAGCUGGACAAAGGUUUUUGUCGCGUUAAUAGAGAUCAGGCCACAGAGACGGAUGCUCCACGUCAGCCGGCCGAACAGGCAGCCACAAACCAGGACAAAGGCCCGUCUCAGGCCUGGAUGAGCGGUGAAGUCAGCUCCACCUCCAUGUCGCUGCAGAAAACCCUGAACUCCAGCAGCUACGACUGCCUGGUGUUUGAGCCGCCGCUGCAGCAGAACCCUGAGAGCGAGGAUCCCGGCUGCUCCUACCUGUUUGAUAAGGAUGUGAGCGCUUUAGAUACAGACAGCAGCCGCUUCCCUUUCACCAUCACAGAGGUCAGGUCUGUAUCAGAGCAGCAGCCGCCUGCAGUGUCCACAGACGGCCAGCAGAGGGCGCUGUUGGUCCCAGACCAGCCUCAGCAUCCGGUUAGAAGGAGUGGACGGAGGCAGCAGGAGGCAGUGAACGAACCCGGGGACCACGUUGGUUUCUUUGUUUGUAACUUCUGUGGCAAGUCUCUGUCCUGCCUGAAGAACCUAAAGACCCACAUGAGGGUCCACACGGGCGAGAAACCGUUUGUCUGCUCUCUCUGUGGAAAGCGCUUCUCCGACUCCAGCAACCUGAAACGCCACCAGAGCGUCCACACCGGCGAGAAGCGCUACGGCUGCGCCCACUGCAGCAAGCGCUUCGCCCAGUCCGGAUCCCUGAAGGUGCACAUGACCUCCCACGCAGAGUGCAAGCAGCUCUGCUGUUCGCAGUGUGGCAAGACGUUCAUAUCCAGCGCCCACCUGCGAAGACACGCCCUAGUGCAUGCUGGGAAGACGUGAGCAGCCGCGCUUCGCUGAUGGAGUUACAACACCACACACUUAUAUUCAGCAUUGCACCAGUCAUGUGUUCAUCCUCGUCUCCAUGGUAACCAAGUGGCCUGAGGAACGUGCUAGUGGUUCUACUAGAAUUGUGGUGGUUUGGGUUCUGCCAGCUGGUGCUGCUCGGCACGAGUUGCUGAGUUUGGGGGUAUUUCAUUUAGUUUAACUACAAACAGAUAUGUAUGAUCAGGUCACGUCAUAGAGCAAAGGAAGGGAGACUGAACGUUGUUCCUUUUUGUGAUACAGUAACAGGAUCUUUGUUCUGACAAUAAACUACAGGCUUUGGUUAAAUAAAAAAAUGCUUUGAUGAUUCAGAACUGAAAACUAA